AUGCCUGGAAAACGUGAUACUAUUGUUGUCAAUGAUGAUGGAAAUAAAAUAACGUACCAAAAAAGAAUUAUGCUUUAUACAAUUCGAGAAGCAUAUGAACUUUUUCUUAUUGAACAUCCUGGUCCAUCUUGUAUACGAUCAAAUCAGACUGCUAUCCGUCCUCGACAUCAACAAGAAAUUCUUAUUAAACAAGAACAUAAAAAUAUUUAUCAAAAAAGUUCAACACCAUCUCAAUGA